AUGCCCCUGUCUGCAAUUGACCUCGAACAAGCAAGAGUGCUUGUGAACGAUCGCAUCAAUGAAGCCAACCCCGAUUUGCACAAAAUCAACAAGGCUCUUCAUUCGCACCCAGAGUUAGCCUACAAGGAGUAUUUUGCGCACGAGACACUUACUACAUACUUGGAGAGCCUCGGAUUUGUCGUGAAACGGAGCACGUAUGGCCUAGAAACCAGUUUCGAAGCCUCACUCGGCCAAGGCGGACGCCAAGUCGUUUUUUGUGCUGAAUAUGACGCCCUGCCAGAGAUCGGUCAUGCGUGCGGCCAUAACCUCAUCGCCACAGCGUCCUUAGCAGCCUUUAUCGGUGCGGCGCACGCUAUGGUCACUCUUUCUAUACCCGGUCGUCUGCGGUUACUGGGCACCCCGGCCGAGGAGGGUGGCGGUGGUAAGGCUAAGCUUAUUGACGCUGGAGCUUUCAACCCACCUGAAGAUAUUGCUGCCGCCAUAAUGGCCCACCCGAAGGCGCUAUACUUGAUACAACAGGACGGUGACGGACUGUCUGGACUGGCAGGCAUCAGACUUGCAGCUAGCCACAAAUUUCGCGUCGAGUUCCAUGGAAAGACAGCACAUGCAGGUAACUCGCCAUGGAAAGGCACAAACGCCUUAGAUGCGGCGGUGGCAGCGUAUCACAAUGUUGCUCUUUUACGCCAGCAGAUUCAACCAGACGAGAGAAUCCACUGCAUCAUCGAAGUGGGUGGGACAGCGCAGAAUAUUAUUCCUGAUUAUUCACGGCUUAGCUGGAACGUCCGUGGCCCAAGUAUGACUACGGCAGAUGCGCUGCUAAAACGCGUCAAGGCUUGCAUUGAAGCUGGAGCUACUGCAACAGGUUGCAAGUUAAACUACAUCCCAGUGUAUGUGGAAGAUAUGGCAACACUAGGGCAAAAGAUCUUAUUCAAGAGGCCAAAAGGCGGUUCCGGGUCUACUGACAUGGGAAAUGUGUCCCACCAUGUCCCCAGUUUUCAUGGAUAUUUUGCAGUCCCAACAGAGAAGGAUGUUGGGGCUCACAACCCGAAGUUUACCGCUGCUGCUGGCAGGGAUGAGGCUCACGUGUCUGCUAUCGAAAGUGCAAAGGGGAUGGCUAUGCUUGCUCUUCGGGUUCUUGUUGAUGAUACCAUUGCCAAGGAGGCACUGCUUGAUUUUGAAUCUCUGGAUGAAUGA